UCAUUCUUCUUCUUCUACUUCUUCUUCCUUCUUCCACAUUUGGGUUAUUAUUAUUCUUAUCAUUGUCAGUUAUUUAUAAUCAAACCCACACACCAGAAUUUCCUUUUCAUUCUCGUCCCCUGCUAUUCUUCUUCCAUGUCCGGGCCUGGGCCAGCCGUCGAGCACGUGGGCGGCUUCCCGAAGAUGGAGCCCAAGCCCAAGCCCAAAUCACCCUCCUCCUCCGCCGGCGCUGGCGACGGCUGCUGCAACCCCGUGAAGAAACCAGGUCCGGCGACGAUGGAUCACGUCCUCCUCGCCCUCCGGGAGACCAAGGAGGAGCGCGACCUCCGCAUCCGCAGCCUCUUCGGAUUCUUCGACGCCACCAACCUCGGAUACCUCGACUACGCGCAGAUCGAGGCCGGCCUGUCGGCGCUCCAGAUUCCGGGAGAGUACAAGUACGCGCGCGACCUGUUCAGAGUCUGCGACGCCAACCGAGACGGCCGAGUUGAUUACUGCGAGUUUCGCCGGUACAUGGACGCCAAGGAGCUGGAGCUGUACCGGAUUUUCCAGGCCAUUGAUGUCGAGCACAAUGGCUGUAUAUUGCCCGAGGAGCUCUGGGACGCGCUUGUCAAGGCUGGGAUUCAGAUGGAUGAUGAGGAGCUUGCUCGUUUUGUGGAGCAUGUUGAUAAGGAUAAUAAUGGCAUUAUCACAUUUGAGGAAUGGAGGGAUUUUCUUCUACUUUAUCCACAUGAAGCAACUAUCGAAAACAUAUACCAUCACUGGGAAAGGGUAUGCCUCGUAGAUAUUGGGGAACAUGCUGUUAUUCCAGAAGGCAUCGCUAAGCAUGUUCACAGAAGCAGAUAUUUUAUUGCAGGGGGGAUUGCAGGAGCCGCCUCUCGAACGGCAACUGCACCUCUGGAUCGUUUGAAGGUGAUUUUGCAAGUUCAGAAAACAAAUGCACAUAUUGGGCCAGCCAUAAAGAAGAUAUUGAAGGAAGGCGGUUUCUUAGGUUUCUUUAGAGGUAACGGCAUAAAUGUUGUGAAGGUAGCACCUGAAAGCGCCAUCAAGUUCUAUGUCUACGAAAUGUUGAAAAGUGUGAUUGGCGAUUUUAAGGGGGGAGACAAGGGUGAUAUUGGUGCUACUGGAAGACUCUUGGCUGGUGGUAUGGCUGGUGCAGUGGCACAAACUGCUAUCUAUCCGUUGGAUCUCGUGAAAACAAGGUUACAGACUUAUGCUUGUGAAGGUGGAAAGGUUCCUAAACUGACAAAACUUACAAAGGAUAUAUGGGUUCAAGAGGGACCUCGGGCUUUUUACAAAGGUCUUCUACCAUCCCUUCUUGGGAUGAUCCCCUAUGCUGGCAUUGAUCUUGCAGCCUAUGAGACCUUGAAAGACAUGUCAAAGACGUACAUUCUUCAUAAUAGUAGUGAACCUGGCCCGCUUUUCCAACUGGGUUGUGGGACCAUAUCUGGAGCUGCCGGAGCAACUUGUGUUUAUCCAUUGCAGGUUAUCAGAACCAGAAUGCAAGCUCAACAAUCUAGUAGCGCGGAUGCUUAUAAGGGAAUGGCUGAUGUGUUUUGGAGAACCCUCCGGGAGGAAGGUUAUAGAGGUUUCUAUAAAGGACUCUUCCCGAAUCUUCUCAAAGUUGUGCCAGCUGCAAGCAUUACAUAUUUGGUCUAUGAAACCAUGAAGAAGAGUUUAGAUCUUGAUUAGGGUAAGCGUCAAUCAACUUUGAAAUUGAUGAAGAUGAUCUUGCAGCUGAAAUGGUAGCUGUUGAUGAUGAUGAUAAGAAGAUGAGGGUUAAUAAAGAUUGGUAGUCAAGUAGAUAUCAUAAUUGCGGACUUAUAAUAGACGGUUAUUCUCCCCCAAAUGGUAUGGGGCGCUUGAUUUUGUAACAUUUUUCUCUAUGCUUAUUUGACUCAAAUGUUGAGAAACCAAAGUUUUGGCACAUUUUGGAGUGAGGGAAAAAAAAAGAAAAAAAAAAAAAAAAAAGAAAAAGAUGAGAGAACUAACAAAAGGCUAUAGGUUUAGUUAUAUCCCUUCUCUUAUACAUUUGGUACAAUGUCUUGAAUGAUUAAGAUAUUCUAGAGAUACAUUAUUUUUCAAAUAUCAUUGCUGUCAUCAGGAUCACAGUGCACGCAAGUUUUGGAGUAUUGCUGACCUCUGAAUUUGUCCGACGAUGAGACUAUAUAUGUUAUCCUGUCCAGAGAAAAAUAUUUAUAUAUAGCAACAACUAUAGCUUUCAUCAAAUAGGUUUAUUCGUUGUCUGAAUUAUUUUCUGGCCUACAUGAUUAUAAAUUGUUUUUGGUCUUAUAUCUGUCUGGUGAGAAUCCGGGCAAUACUUUUGACCAUCCAGAGUUUACAUGGACGCGUGGCUGUACCUGUACAUGGUGAGUGCUAAAGUCAUUCUCUUAUUGUGGUUUUGCUUUUUCUGUAAU